GUAAACUUAGUUCUUGGUAUUUCAAUUGCUCUUAUGUUCUGCUAAGAAAACAAAGUAAUUUACUACAUCCUAUCUGGUAGUUUUUGUAGUUCUAUAGUCAUCCAGCUAUUUACAUUGAUUAGUUUGUUUUGUUUGUUAUUUUGCAGCUGAUGUGGUAAUGUUUGAUGGCUACAUUAUUGUGUACAAGUUCAUCCAAGAUCUCCAUUUUUUUGUAACUGGAGGGGAUGAGGAGAAUGAGCUCAUUUUAGCGUCAGUUCUUCAGGGGUUUUCUGAUGCUGUUGGCGUUCUUCUCAGAAACAAUGUAGACAAAAGGACUGCACUUGAAAAUCUGGAUCUCAUCUUUUUGUGCCUUGACGAAGUUGUUGAUGGAGGGAUUGUUCUGGAAACGGAUGGAAAUGUGAUAGCCGAGAAGGUGUCAGGCCAUGGAUUGGAAGGAGCCGGGUCGUUCACUGAGCAGACGAUAAGCCAAGCCCUAGCGACAGCAAGAGAGCACUUCGCGAGGUCUCUUCUGAAGUAGUGUGUGUAGGCAUCUUUCGGGUUGGCGAUGCACCCAGCAUUGAACUCCUGUGUUUCCUCUUGUAGCACAGUGCACCUAGUUUGCAAGAAAGAAAGAACGAGAAAAUGACUUGAAUCUUUGCGCGUGAGUUCGUUCGUCUGUUGUUGUGGUGCUCGUCGACAUUUUGUCGCAGAGAUGUAUGUGCGGCCUAAGUGCCUAACUGGUUACCAGAUUCCCUUCUAAAGUCUGUAUAAGAAACUUGUGAUGGUGCA